CUGCCCUGUUUGCCCGGGAGAUCCUGGAACAGACAUCUCCAUCUAGCCGUGCGCAAUAAUUGAAAUGGCGCAUUUGGCUGCGGGCGGACUGCGAGGGCGCACAGUGAAUGAUGUCCAGACGUCAUUUGCUUUUAAUGGCCUCCAGGAAAUUUGCCAUUACAAUUCUCACAGACAUUAGAGCAAAGAGAGGAGUGCGGGGGAAAGCGCCGCAUGCAUGAGCACCAAGAUCCAGAUUUUUUUGCUUUGUUAAAAGAAUACGCGUCUUUUAUCGCCACUUUAUCAACAAGUUCCAGUGCGCCUCCUGCUUUAGCUAGAGAGACUUUUACUCGUCCAGGGAAGGAAAAUGUGUUGCCUUUGCGAAAGAGCCUGGGGGAAUAUUACAUCAGACGAAAUGACAAUGAUUAAAAUCAGCCUUUCUGCCUCUCCAAAGUCUCAGGAACGGCGCGGUGACACUUGCCUGAUGCGUAAACCGUUAUAUGCCGAACUUUAAACCCUCGCCAGCUAUUUUUACUUCGCGAAAGAGCGCGAGGCUAAAUAAUCGAGGGGAAUAUCAGGUUUGCAUCUGUUCCAAUGAGUCUGCUCGGGUUUGAGUUAAUUGUCCUCUAAUCCUGUGGCCCCAGAGGCGUUUGCGCAGCCUGGAGCCAGAAUUCUUCUUUCGGCUCUGCUCUGAUUUAGAGACGGAUUAUUGGCUUCCUUCUGCCCAUAAGCAAAGCAGCAGAUUCACCGUGGCCAAAAAAGACAGUGGCGAGGCUGAUAUACGCGACCGAAUCAGAGUAUUAAGAAAUAAGAAGAUCAAGAGGGGGAAGGAGAGCUCUGGUCUCCUGGAGAAGGAAGGGAGAAGCAUGUCACGCCUGUCUCUGACCCGGUCUCCGGUCUCUCCUCUGGCCGCGCAGGGGAUUCCACUGCCGGCUCAGCUCACCAAAGCCAACGCGCCCGUGCACAUCGACGUGGGUGGCCACAUGUACACCAGCAGCCUGGCGACCCUCACCAAAUACCCAGACUCACGGAUCAGCAGGCUGUUUAACGGAACCGAGCCGAUCGUUCUGGACAGUUUAAAGCAGCAUUACUUCAUCGACAGGGACGGAGAGAUAUUCCGCUAUAUUCUGAGCUUCCUGCGAACCUGCAAACUGCUCCUGCCGGAUGACUUUAAGGACUUCAAUCUCCUGUACGAGGAGGCGCGCUAUUACCAGCUGACACCCAUGAUCAAGGAGCUGGAGCGGUGGAAGCAGGAGCGGGAGCAGAGACGUCUGGCGCAGCCCUGCGACUGCCUGGUCGUCCGUGUGACCCCUGACCUCGGCGAGCGGAUCGCCCUCAGCGGGGAGAAAGUUCUCAUCGAGGAGAUCUUCCCCGAGACCGGUGACGUCAUGUGUAAUUCGGUCAACGCUGGCUGGAACCAGGACCCGACCCACGUCAUCCGCUUCCCCCUGAACGGCUACUGCAGACUGAACUCAGUGCAGGUGUUGGAGCGUCUCUUCCAGAAGGGCUUCAGCGUGGCUGCGUCCUGCGGCGGCGGCGUGGACUCGUCCCAGUUCAGCGAGUACGUGCUGUGCCGCGAGGACAGGCGGAGUCAGUCCAUGAACACGCCCAUCAGGAUAAAGCAGGAGCCGCUGGACUAGAGUCACACGCUCAGGCCCUCGGCCCCUCGACACACAGACUCGCAGCGUUUAUACGGGGAAUGUAAUGUACACACACACCGCACCAAGAAAGCCCAAAGAACUUCAACAGGAUCUUGCUGUUCCACCAAACCACCAAUCAGAGGAUGUCCUCACGCAUAUGGAAUGCAGGCCACGCCCCUCUGCCGGUGCAGUGUGUGUUAUUUUCUUGUAAUAAUCAAGGCUCAGUGCUUUCAAAUGACAGCACCGACGCCAACACGACUCCAUCGUCAGGGGCCGAGGGUCGAUUUCUCGCUCUCCACGGAUUGUUUUUCAUUUCAACCUUGUUGUUUAUAAAGUUCAAGACUUUUUCACUCCUUAUAGCGCCAUGUUGUAUGCGGUUAGCAGUACUAGGAUGGAGUUUUGUGUUUAUUUCUUUUGUUACAUGAAGGAUGAUGGGAGUGUUGUUCUGAAGGCAUUACGUUUGAGAGACUUUCCUGGCAGCGCUCGCAGAAACGCUAUUACGCCCUCGGGCUGCGUGGCGAAAGCAGUCUGGGGUUUAAUGCGUUCGGCGCUCCAGCAGCCUUCUUUGUUUGAAGGAGCUGCAAGCAAACGCGGGUGUUUCUGAAGCCUGCAUUGAAAAAUAGGUAACGCUGGUGGAGCGAGCUGUAGUUAAGCAUAUCGUUAAACGUUUGAAAUUUUUAUAAGCUCUCUAAUGCUUGAAUCAAAAGAGUUCUGAACUAAAUACAAAGAGUUGUGCGUGUUACGAACAAAAUUUUAAGGAUCUUGAGGCAAAACAUUGGAAGGUGUCUAGAGGAAAUCCAUAGUGUUCAUAACAUACGUUUGCACUUAAAUGCAUCUCAGACACCGAGACGACGGUGUGAAAACAAGCCGCCCGCGUGUUUAAAGAUUCAGUGGAAAUAGACUCAAGUUUGAGUCUGCUGACAGAAUGAGGGUAGUAACUAUGGUGCAUUAAUUUUUAAACCAUCUUUGUGAAUGAAUAAUCAUUAUUCAUUAGCCCAGUUUAUCAGGUUCAGUUUUUCGAUUGUUUGAAGUUGUCCGUUUUCUGUUUUUGACGUCAAAGUGUUGUCAGAUGCUGAAUCGAGGACGGAUGUGUUGUGAAUUUGUGGUGAAUGUGGUUUCUUGUGUCCAAACGCUCAGAGACAUCUCAUGUGUUUACACUGGACGUGUGCCGCACACAACUACAUCUACAGCGAACUAACAAAGCAACACUGCAGGCACGCAUCGGGACACUUUAUUCCCCGUCUGUCUGAAAAAUAUGGAAGCUCGUUGCCGCCAUGAAAUAAAAAUCUCUUUUUAUCUCACAAUUUUGACUUUUUUCUCACAAUUGCGAGUCAUAAAGUCUUUUUUCCCCCUCACAACUGGUCAUUAUAACACGCAAAUGCAAGUUUAUAUCU